CCGGAGCAUAGGGAUGGAGAAAGUUCACUCGAAAGUUACCCUACACAGCUUGAAAAGCAUUUCUAAUGCGCGUUAAAUUCGUAAAAUAAAAUUUGAUCAAUGGUAACACUGGUGCAUUUUGGGUGAAAAUUUUGCGUAACGGUUUUCAAAAGCGAAUCCGGUGCGGCAGUAUCAAGAUGAACAUUGGUAGCGUUGGAACUCCAGCGUCAGGCGCAGUAUCUGGUCGAUUUUCGCAUGCAGCCUCCUCUCACGUCGCUGCCAGUCAACGUUUGCUUCAACUUAACCAUGGUUACGAUGUCUCAGCGUCGCCGGGGACGCCGUUAGGAAUCAGAGAUAAGAAUCGUCUAAUUCCGAGUAGGAAAAGAGAGGAAAAGGCUGCCGUACAGAAUCUCCAGAGACGUAUAGAGUUGGGUAAAAUUUUACAUUCCAGCGUCAACGAAGAUUUCAUGCGCGUAGUAUACGGCCGGAAAAUGACGCUGGAAAACGUGCCACCGUUUUUGAAGAAAAUUACCAGCAAUCGAUCAAUCAAUUACGUACACGAUGAGGAUUGUCAAGAGGAUAUUCACGACAAUGAAUUCAUUCAAGAAGCGUUACUUUGGCAUAAUAUUUAUAGACGACAUCAUAACUCACCACCUUUGAAAAUCAGUGCUCAGUUAUGUGGAAAAGCUCAGGCGUGGGCUAAUCAUCUGGCUCAUACAAAUACUUUUUUAUAUGAAAAUGAUAAAUCAGUUGGACAAAAUAUCUAUUGUAGAUUAACUUCUGAUGCUCAAAUUGAAGUUCCAGCUCAAGAAAUUGUGUCAUUUUGGUACAGUUGUUACAAAAACUACACAUACAACAAAGAACCCGAUACGUUGCAUAUCAAUAUAAACGCAGGUAAUUUCACUCAAUUGGUAUGGAGAAGCACUCGGUACUUUGGUAUAGGAAGAGCUCGUAGCAGGGCGGGAAAAUUUCUAGUGGUAGCCAAUUAUCAACCAGUCGGCAAUAUUGGUGGAUUAUUCAAAGAAAACGUAUUACCGCCAACGUUGAAUAAAGAAUUUAUGUAGUAUACGAUACGCUUUUAUGUGCCUGCCAUUCUAGUGUAACUCUCGGUGAUCAAAUUACCGUCAUUAAUUUUGUAAAUGUUAUUUAUGUGUUCAUUUAUGAAAAUCUUGUUCUUGAUAAGCUUCUAAGGUGUUGUUUGUAUAUAGCUGUCAAAUUUUUGUCUUUCAAUGUUUUAGCUCAUUAAUGCCUUCCAUUUUUCAAUCAGAUAAAGGUGCUAUGUAUGUACUUCCUUCCUUUAUUGUACUUCUUUUUUCGUUUUUAUGUAAUAUUUUUUGGGUAUCUUCACUCAUUUUUUUUUUUAAAUUUAGCGUAUACCUAUUUCGUGACAUGCUGACUUAAUGCUCAAUUUGCCUACUUAACAGUGUGCUUUUCUUGUCUUUAUUUUUUGUGAUUAAAUUUUUUAUUAUUUACCUA